GGAAGCCAUUAAGCGGUUCACCGUGUUAGCUAGCGAGAAGAAAAGCUGCUGUGUAAUACUAGCAGAUUUUUAGUGUAGUCACAACGACAGUGAAGCUUAGGGGAAUCAACAAUGCCUGACUAUUUGGGAGACGAGCAGCGUAAAGUCAGAGAGGAGGAAAAAGAGGAUAAACCUAUCAGAGCUUUGGAUGAAGGCGACAUUGCGCUUUUGAAAACAUAUGGCCAAAGCACGUACUCCAGACAGAUCAAGCAGGUGGAGGAUGACAUUCAGCAGCUCCUGAAGAAGAUCAAUGAGCUCACAGGCAUUAAGGAGUCUGAUACAGGGUUGGCGCCACCCGCUCUGUGGGAUCUGGCUGCGGAUAAACAGACCCUGCAGAGCGAACAGCCACUGCAGGUCGCAAGAUGCACCAAGAUCAUCAACGCCGACUCCGAGGACCCCAAGUACAUCAUCAAUGUCAAGCAGUUUGCCAAGUUUGUGGUGGACCUGAGCGACCAGGUGGCACCCACUGACAUCGAGGAGGGCAUGAGAGUGGGGGUGGACAGAAACAAGUACCAGAUUCACAUUCCUCUACCACCUAAGAUCGACCCAACUGUCACCAUGAUGCAGGUGGAGGAGAAGCCGGAUGUGACCUACAGUGAUGUGGGCGGCUGUAAGGAGCAGAUUGAGAAACUGAGGGAGGUGGUGGAGACGCCUCUGCUGCACCCGGAGCGCUUUGUGAACCUGGGCAUCGAGCCUCCUAAGGGUGUUCUGCUGUUCGGGCCUCCUGGCACGGGUAAGACUCUGUGUGCCCGCGCCGUGGCCAACCGCACAGAUGCCUGCUUCAUCCGCGUCAUCGGCUCCGAGCUGGUCCAGAAGUACGUGGGAGAGGGUGCCAGGAUGGUGAGGGAGCUCUUUGAGAUGGCCAGGACUAAGAAAGCCUGUCUGAUCUUCUUUGAUGAGAUCGAUGCCAUUGGAGGGGCCCGUUUCGAUGACGGUGCCGGAGGCGACAACGAGGUCCAGAGGACCAUGCUGGAGCUGAUCAACCAGCUGGACGGGUUCGACCCGAGAGGGAACAUCAAGGUUCUGAUGGCCACCAACCGGCCCGACACCCUGGACCCCGCCCUCAUGAGGCCUGGACGACUGGACCGCAAGAUCGAGUUCAGCCUGCCAGACCUGGAGGGGCGUACUCACAUCUUUAAGAUCCACGCUCGCUCUAUGAGUGUGGAGAGGGAUAUCCGCUUCGAGCUGCUCGCCCGCCUCUGUCCCAACAGCACUGGCGCGGAGAUCCGCAGUGUGUGCACAGAGGCCGGCAUGUUUGCCAUCAGGGCUCGCCGGAAGAUCGCCACAGAGAAGGACUUCCUGGAGGCCGUGAACAAGGUCAUCAAGUCCUACGCCAAGUUCAGCGCCACACCGCGUUACAUGACCUACAACUAAGCACACCGCAGCGCCCAGCGUGUGUGUGUGUGUGUACGUGUGUCUCUCCUGUUUUAAGAUGCGUUUCAUGACUGUAGUCUUUCCUAUAAGAUUCUGUAGAACAAUAAACAUAUUACUUAUCAAA